AGGUUACAACUUGCAUAUCAUAACCAAUUGGAACUAUUUAUCGAAACUCUCAAAACCCCUCUGAGAAGUAGAACCAAAGUCACUGUGUGUGUGUGUGAGAGAGAGAGAUGGCAAAAGAUAGUUGUCUAGCGAGAAUAACUGCUGGGGUUGCUGUAGGCGGUGCAGUUGGUGGCGCUGUUGGUGCUGUUUAUGGGACUUAUGAGGCUAUUAGAUACAGGGUGCCUGGCCUUAUGAAAAUCAGAUACAUUGGACAAACAACUUUGGGCAGUGCAGCCAUUUUUGGUCUCUUCUUGGGUGCUGGGAGCUUGAUACAUUGUGGAAAGUCUUACUAAGCAUAUUUUUGCUAGCUGCAGUUAAACUUUUUGAUUAUCCGAGUCGUUAUCAGACUAGUGUGCCUGUGCAAUUCCAAUAUUAUUUUUUUGUGUAUUUCAGUUAAGUUAUGAUGCUUAAAUUGGUGAUUCAAAAUUGAGCUUUUCUUUAACAUUUCAGCUGCAGUUUAUGGCUCAGUUGGUAGGCUAUGGUGUUACUGUUACCUCGUUCCCCUUUUUCCAUCAUGUAACAAUAAACAUCAAAAAGAUAACAAGGAAAGAGAAGGGAAAAAGUUUUAUAGCGCGUU